GUCUGUGGCUCAGGACAUCCCCAAGCUGCAGAAACUGGGCAUCACCCACGUCCUGAACGCGGCUGAGGGCAGAUCCUUCAUGCACGUCAACACCAACGCCAGCUUCUACAAGGACUCCGGCAUCACCUACCUGGGCAUCAAGGCCAACGACACGCAGGAGUUCAACCUUAGCGCCUACUUUGAAAGGGCUGCAGACUUCAUUGACCAGGCCUUGACUCAGAAGAAUGGCCGGGUGCUUGUGCACUGCCGGGAGGGUUACAGCCGCUCCCCAACUCUGGUUAUCGCGUACCUCAUGAUGCGGCAGAAGAUGGACGUCAAGUCUGCCCUGAGCGCCGUGAGGCAGAACCGUGAGAUCGGCCCCAACGAUGGUUUCCUGGCUCAGCUCUGCCAGCUCAACGACAGACUAGUGAAGGAGGGAAAAUUGAAACUCUAGGGCGCCCCCUUCCUCCAGAGGUCCUGUGGGGAGACCCUGGUUGAGGGGGUCGCCAGCCGCCACGUUUAGGAAACACAGUGUACCCUGCUCCCAGCAUCACAAGGCACUUGCCCACAAGUCUGUCCCAACACAGCCCUGGGCCACUUCCCCCGCCCCCGGGAGCACAUAAAGAAGCUUGCCGAGGAGGGCAUCCGCUCCCUGGUCGUCCUGUCUGUGAUUUGUGAUGUCCUCCCCUUGGGUGGGGAGGCCUGUGGCAUGCAUGCUUCUCCAUGACUCAGGGCAGGAGGUCUGAGGGAGACGUCACAGGGCCCCUCGUGACCUCCCUUCCCCUACCCCGAAUCCUCCCCCCAGGGCCUCAGCACCUUGAGCCCCAGUAAGGGAACUAUGCAAAUGUGGGCCUUCCUCUCUCCUGUCUGUCACCCUGGGCUGCUCACACCCUGCUUAGGGACCCUGGCAAGUCUGGGGGUCCGAAGCUGGGGCAGGGCUGUUUGCCAGUUGUUAGUGGGUGCAAGUUCCCAUGAAGAGGCUGCAUUCAAAUUAUUUCCUUAGGAUUAAAGGUACCUGCACAAAGAGGCCCAGGGGGGUGGGCAGACUCUCUUGGAGGUCUCUCCUAAAGCCAUAGCAUUUGUCAAAUGUGAACCUGUGGAAGGCUUGAGCUCAGAACCUGCUGCUUCGGGAUCUUUCCCUGACUGUGUCAGUUGCUUUGUUUGUUAGGAGAGUGAUGCCUUGGGUCUGAUUUUCUUUUUCUUUUUUAGAGAAUAGGGUGUUUAAGUUCAGCCUAUUUAAAAACCUCACCACUUGGAGAAUUACAAGGGUUCUGUCUUGAAUUAUAGCAUUGGCAAGCCCAAGUCACUUGUGCCAACUGCUUUUUGUCUCGGUGGCCAUUCCAAGAACAGGAGGAGGAAACUGGCCAAUUACAGUGGGGAGGGCGGGGGCGUGUGCAGGGGGUGUGCCUCCUGGAAACGCAGUAGAGGAAGAGCAAUAAAAUGAAUGGUCCCCAGUGAACACCUGCCCACUUAGAAGUGGCUCCUGUGGCCCUCAGGUGCCAGUGCAGGGUCCCUGGAGUGACUCAGCCAGGCAGAAA